GUGUCUGUCAUUAAAAUGCGAAAGUAACACUAACAGGAGUACAUCCGAUUCCAAACAUAACUUUAAGCUUUACGAUUGUAAACGAUUUUAAAAAUGGCGACCGAAGUAGAGGAAACUAUCAAAAGAAUUCAAGCCCAUAAAGGUGUAAUCGGUGUCGUCAUCGUUAACCACGAAGGUAUUCCAAUUAAGAGUUCUUUGGAUAACGCAAAUUCUGUUCUGUAUGCCGGAUUAAUCGGUCAACUUACAGAAAAAGCUAAAAAUGUUGUCCGUGAAAUGGAUUCUACAAAUGAGCUGACAUUUUUAAGGGUGAGAAGUAGAAGGCACGAGAUAUUGAUUGCACCGGAUCGGGAAUUCAUAUUAAUUGUCAUUCAGAACACAUUGGACUAGUCUGCUUAUAUAUAAGAUUAAUUAAGCUUAAAUGUAAUUAUCAUGUGCUAAUAUAUUGUUGCACCCAUGUUCUAAAGCCACAUAACAAUUUCUCAUGUCUGACCACUUGACAUUACUUUCAUAUUCUAUUUUGUAUGUAGUCCACUGCAAUCAUGACUAUUUCUUGUGGCUUUACUUCCAAGAAUUGAAUCGGUUAUGUUCUCAAUGUGUACCCCAACAUCCUGUAAAGAUAAAAAGAUCAAAGAAAAAUACAGAUAUUUAUCAACAAA